GAGCGACUUGCUAAGUCAGGGCUGCCUUUGCAGGUGACUUCUGUGACUCCAACCAGUGUAUGAAUGGUGGCACCUGUCUGGUGGGCCUGGACAGUGCUCCCUUCUACUGCCUCUGCCCGGAAGGCUUCACAGGUCCCAAGUGCAACGAGAUUGAGACAGGUCCCUGUUUCCAGAACCCCUGUCUCAACGAUGCUGAAUGCCAGGUGACUCAUGACUCCCAUCGAGGGGACGUCUUCACCCAGUAUGUCUGCAAGUGCCCUCAGGGCUUCUCAGGCACCCACUGUGAGAGCAGCUGCGCCAUGCCGCUGGGCAUGGAGGCGGGCGCCAUCGCAGACUCCCAGAUCUCCGCCUCCUCCGUGCACCUGGGCUUCUUGGGCGUGCAACGUUGGGGCCCAGAGCUGGCCCGCUUGCACCUCACGGGCAUCGUCAACGCCUGGACGGCCAGCAACUACGACAGGAGCCCUUGGAUCCAGGUGAACCUGCUGCGGAAGAUGCGGGUUACGGGCGUGGUGACUCAGGGUGCCAGUCGAGUGGGCAGUGCUGAGUACCUGAGGACCUUCAAGGUGGCCUAUAGCCUUGAUGGACGCAAGUUCCAGUUCAUCCAAGAUGCAGAGGGGCUUGGAGACAAGGUGUUUGUGGGGAAUGAGGACAAAAGUGGCCUGAAGAGGAACAUGUUUGAACCCCCUCUGGAGACGCAGUAUGUGAGGCUGGUCCCCGUCGUCUGCCGCCGGGGCUGCACUCUGCGCUUUGAGCUGCUGGGCUGUGAGCUGAAUGCAGGUUGCUCCAACUCCCUGGGCAUGAAGGAUGGCACCAUUCUCGACCGGCAGAUCUCUGCCUCCAGCUUCUUCAAGACCUGGGGCCUGAAUGCCUUCAGCUGGCAUCCCUCCUACGCGCGCCUGGACAUGCAGGGCAAGUUCAACGCCUGGACCGCCCAGAGCAACAGUGCUUCCGAGUGGCUACAGGUCGACCUGGGGUCCCUAAAGCGUGUGACGGGCAUCAUCACCCAGGGAGCCCGAGACUUUGGCUACAUCCAGUAUGUGGCUGCCUACAAGGUAGCCUACAGUGACGAUGCCCAGCAGUGGAUGGAGUAUAAGGAGCGCGGGGCGGUGGACAGCAGGAUCUUCCCCGGGAACUCAGACAACAACUCACACAAGAAGAAUGUGUUUGAGACGCCCUUCAAGGCCCGCUACGUCCGAGUGCUGCCCGUGGCCUGGCACAAUCGCAUCACCCUGCGGAUGGAGCUGCUGGGCUGCGAGUUGUAGCCCCCGGCUCAGGCCGAGGGGCUGGCGAGGAUAAGCGCCACCCUGCUUCAGUGGGCCGGCCCCCUGCUUCCUUCCGAUUGUAGCCAGAGCAGGUGUGUGGGCGAGAUGAGGUGGCAGAGGAGGUGCCAGCCGCUGGCCACCCCUUCCCUCAUACUGACCCUUAACCUCCCUCAGCACCCCCCUGGGGGGUAGGCUGUCCUUAUGCUACCUCCUUCUUUUGGGUCUGGGGUGGAACAGGAGGGGUUCAGGAGGGGGUGUGGCUUUUCCAGGCACUGGGGGACUCUGGACAGGCCUGUGCUGUCCACAUCCCUCUACACUCAGCCAUAACCCUAUGACCCAGCAAAGGCCACGGGCGCCAGGCUGGAAGAUAACGCCCCCACCCUGACCCAGACUGGAGGUCACCUGCCUCCAGACACUUGCCCCUUAUCUCCCCGGAGACCUCCCUCCCCCUUUUGUCCCAGAAGACCUCUCUUGACCCUUGUCCUGAAGCCUAGAGAGAGACGCAGAGGUGGCGAGGCUUUCCGGAGAGCCGUGGGCGGUGACUGGGUAAGGGGGGAGGGCCCUUCGGCUGGUUCCUCACCUAGAAUACACAGACAGCUUCCAGAAUAUAUUUAUGUCAUCCACUGGG